GCUUCUAUCCCCGGCCAUGCUUUUCUGUUUUUUUAUUUUUUUUUAUUUUGCAGAACAAUCCAGGCUCCUCCCUUUGCACAACGUCACCCGAUCCCGAUCUCUCCCAAAGCGAUAGUCGGCAGGCAGCAGCUCAGUGUGGAGGCAGAGCAGCGGGGCAGUGCGCAACGCGGGGUGAAGCCAACACUGUGCGGUCCAUCCAAGAGGAAGAAGGAGACAGAAGAAGGUGAUAAUAAAAAGACCCGGGGGGACGCAUCCCACCAUUUAUUUCCCUCCUUUGAGUUACAGCAACUUCACCGGGCCUGGGGUGUCCAGCUGUGUCCGGCUGCAGCCUUUGGAAGAACCGGGGGGAACUUAAAGGGAACUACGGGAGGAGCGGUGCCAGGGGGAAGAAGAGAAACCGGCGACAUUUCAACCCCCCCACACACACACACCCCGCCUGGAGGAACUCCCCAAGUGUUGGAAACUUCCCGGAGCGGCAUCGAUCGAGGACCUCCCGCCCACUUUUUUUUUUACCCCUGCUCCACAGCUCUGGAAGAGGGGGGGAAAGAGAGAGAGAGAGAGAGAGAGUUGUGCAGCCCGCUGCGGUGGAUGGAGCAACAAAGGCUGGAUGGUUUAAACUAAGACGCAGAGACCCCAGCUCUUCCUCGUCGCCUCUGCACGGAUCUCACUGCCUCGGACCACUUUUAUUUUUUUUGGGAGGGGGGGCGUUACAAACUCUCCAUCAGCAGCCGCAAGACGCAACACAAAUUUGAUGCUUUGGCACCGUGACGCGCGCCAGAGAUCCUCGAGUUUUGCGAAAGCUUGCCGCUGCUGCCGCUGCUCACUGGGAGUGUAGUGGACUCGCUGGGAAGCCGAAGUGGGAUUUGCAGAAGUUGCAUGCUCGGUCUUUGUCGUCUGGAGUGAGCCCCUACAUCCAACCCGAGAAGAACCCCGGACAGCUGAGGUGCCAUGGCGAUGUGUGCGGGGGUAUGGAUGCUCCUGCUGGCGCUGCGCAUUCACGCUGGCAAUGGCCAGAUGGUACAGAUGGACUCCACUAAGUCCGGCUUCGUGGGUUCACAAGUGGAGCUGCGCUGCAUCUUCAGCAACAGCAACCCGCCGGUCAAGAUCUCUCAGGUCACCUGGCAGAAGCUCCUCAACGGCACCAAGCAGAACGUGGCCAUAGCCAACCCGGCGCUCGGCGUGUCCGUCCUGCCGCCCUUCAAGGAGCGGGUCAGCUUCAAGCAGGCCGCGGUGCGUCAUCGCACGCCCUCGCUGGAGGACACCACCAUCGUGUUCUCCAACCUGCAGCUGUCUGACGAAGCUGCCUACAUCUGCGAGUACACCACGUUUCCUGCGGGCAACCGGGAGAACAUGGUCAACCUCACCGUCUUUGCUCGGCCCAUGACGCGUAUGACCUUGACGACGCCCACCAUCGUUGCCAGGGCUCAGAAACGCAAGAUGACCGUCGCCACCUGCCUGUCAGCCAAUGGCAAGCCCCAGAGCGUGAUCAAAUGGGACACCAGGUUGAAGGGCGAGGCCACUUUCCAGGAGACCCGCAACGCAAACGGGACGGUGACGGUACGGAGCAACUACGUGGUGGUGCCGAGCCGCGAGACCCACAAACAGAAGCUCACGUGCAUCGUGACGUAUCGAAAUGAGAGGAUCACAGACAGCGUGGUGCUCAACGUGCAGUAUGAACCUGAGGUGAAGAUCGAGGGCUUCGAUGGAAACUGGUACUUGAACCGUCAGAACGUCCGGCUGACCUGCCGAGCCGACGCCAACCCCCCUGUCACCAUCUACCAGUGGAAACUAUUGAACGGCUCCCUGCCCGCUAACGUGGAGAUCAAGAACAACACCCUGUUCUUCAAGGGCCUGGUGACCUACGAAGUGGCCGGCACGUACGUCUGUGACGCCACCAACGGCAUCGGGACCCGCACCGGCAUCGUGGACGUCAACAUCACAGAAUUCCCUAUCAACCCGACACCUGGGGGCCGUGAGAUCACGCCGGAGCAGCACAAUGCAGGUGCCGCCAUCGGGGGCGCUGUGGGGGGCGUCGCCCUAUUGGGGGUGGCGGCCAUACUACUCUUCGUAUUCCUGCGCCGCCGCCAGCGCACCUUCAAGGGAGACUACAGCACCAAGAAACAUGUGUUCGGAAACGGCUACAGCAAGGCCGGCGGCCUGCCCGCUCACCCGCCCAUCCCCAAGAAUCUGCAGUACCCGGAUGACUCGGACGACGAGAAGAAACCCGCCCAGAUCGGCGGCCCUGGAGGUUUUGAGGCAAGCGAGCGCGAUUUUGAAGCCGAGGCAGAGGACCUGAAGAGGCCAUAUUUCACUGUGGACGAGGGGGAGAGCCGAGAUUAUGACGAGCGGACUCUGGCUUUCCAGUAUGACCCUGAACCUGAGAUAGCCGACGAUAUGGUCUCUCAAACCGACGGCUCGGUCAUUUCUAAGAAAGAGUGGUAUGUGUAGGGGCAUGAAACAACCAAACCAAACAACCCUUUGUCCCCCACCUGCAUUCCACUGCACCCUUCACCUCCAUCACAACCCCCGCCCUCCCAUUCGUCAAACCGCACCCAUCCCAGUCCUCCUACUCCUCACUCGGUCAACCUAGUACUCCCUUCCCCACCCUGACUCCUCACAUCAGACCCCAUUCGACUAAUCUCAACUAGAAAAAUCAAGCGUCAGUUCAAAGUGCUCGCCACGUCAACUUUCUCAGCACGACAACAUUUGGUAUCAGUUCCAUCAGGUGAACGGGCAGAGAUUAAAAACUAAAGGUAUGUAAAGAGGACUCGUUGUCGCCGACCCACGAGGUCGGGGGAAGGUCAUUGGUUGAAUCAAACUGGUGUGUUAUUCUUUUUGUGUACUUUUCCAUGUUAUAGAUGUAUUAAAUGUAUAAAAUGAGACUGCAGGUUGAGGUUUUGCUGAGCACAUUUGUGAAAGUCCUACACUGGAUGUACGAUUUGAUUUGGGUUGUUUCUUUUUCUAUUACCAUUGCCUUUUUUGAUGUUUUUUAAUGUCUUUUUGUAUGAUUUCUAAAGUGACCCGAGAACUGAGAGUCAAAUGUCUGACAUGAUUACAGGUGGAGUUCUAAGUGUUUGUAAUUUUGUGGUCGGUUACGGUUCAGAGAAAGGAAAGAAAAGAAAAAAAAAUCGAUGCCAUACAGCACCUGUGUCAUUUCCUGUGUUCGUCACUGGGGUCAGCGUCCAUGGAAUUAUUAACUUUUGUACAUUUACAGCAUUAAAAAGCAGACAUGUUAUUGCUGUAUUCCAAAGACAUGCUUAGUAUCUCUUGACCCCUCUGUGUUUAUAUGCUUGAUCUGUCUCUUUAACCGAGAGGGAGUCAGUCUACUGAGCCGUAUUGACAAUGCAGUAACAGAUAAAUACUGAGUGUUUUCACUUUUCAAUCAUGUCGAACUAAGCCCCACAUCAGUGAAUCAGAAUAGCAGCAGGAGAGCGAGAGAGAGAGAGAGAGAGAGAGAGAGAGAGAGAGAGAGAGAGAGAGAGAGAAGGGCUGCAAUCCUACCACACACAGCAAUUACUGCGUUGCGAUCACGUCCGGGGGGUUUGGUAAGUCUCACGGUGAAAACCUUCGAUAGUGCUCUGAAAUGUCAUGAUUGUCACUUGACUUGAACAGGUUGACCUGUGGACGCCCGCUCGAAAAAUCUCGCCACUAUAAUGAAAUGUCUGUUUUCUCUGUGUGUGUGUGUGUGUGUGUGGAGUUCUCAUAAUUAUGUUUGGUUCUAGCCCUUUUUUUUUUUUUUUUUAUCAAACGGAAAAUGAGAAAAGCGUCUGGGGAAUUUCCCCCAAUAAUGACUUUGUCUCUCCUUAUAAUUGUGUGACUUUGUACUUGAUGAAUUGGCUUAAGCCUCCGCCGCUCGCACCAACAGCGUUUUCUCUCUGAGGAGUCGUCCAUGGACACACAAAAAAAAAAGGACACGGAAAAAAUGUUAGCUGAUGCUUUUAUUUACUUGUCUGCGGAGGAGAUAUCUUAACGUUUUUAAAGGGAAUUCAAAACACGACGGUGACCAUGCUGGAGUAUAAUCAGUCACCUGCUGCUUUCAUGACGUUUUUUGAUCCAUCUCCUUUUUUUUCUUUUCCUCCGUAAAAAAAACACGUUUCAGAAGCUGUUUGGGAGAUUUUAGAGGAAUGAUUAGUUGUCUUAACCUGAAUAUUGGCUUCUGAAUCCGCCAAUAGUGAAACAGUGACCUUGUCUGGAGGCAUUAUAUCUAUAUAUCUAUAUCUAUAUCUAUAUAUAUAUAUAUAUCAAGUGCCAGUGGAUGCUAGCAUAGGAAAUGUCUCCUCAGCGUUGAGGUUCAUUUCACAAUCGGCAAAAAAAUAAAAAAGAAAGUUCAAUGUGAAAUAUUGGGUAAAAUAGAAGCAAAUGGGGUAAAUCUGUGGAUAUGAGCAACAUAUCUGAACAAUAUAAAUACUGUAUUAUUUUAUGCAUGUUUUUUUUGUGUGGGAGUGGAAGUGCGUAUGUUGCUAUUUUUCUUUUUCUGUAUCAAUUCCAGUGUGUUUGUCCUCAUUUGCAGCUCAAAAGACGGCACUUUGUCAGUGUUGUCAGUAUUCACAGAGGUAUGAGUUAAUAGGCACACAGCACCCAGCAACAGUACUGCGGAUAACACACAAAAAAUUCAAGGAUAAAGUAUAUAUAUAUAUAUAUCUAUAUAUUUAUAGAUAUAUAUAUGAAAAAAUAACAUCUCCAUUAGAGCAGAUCUCUGUCAGCUGGAGAUGUGAAUGUUUUCCAGUCCAUGCUUGUCGACCGUAUGUUUUUAGAUGAGCAUGUUAAUCACGAGCCUCAAACUUUAUUGUAUUUUCAACACAAAUUAACAUUAAGUGGGAAACAUCGUGUUUUUUAUCACAAGUUCACUUCUACAGUUUUUUUUUGUUUGUUUGUUUGUUUGUUUGUUUGUUUGUUUAAUGCAUCCACGACAGUCGGGGAGCGAAUACACACGAGCUUCGCCACAGAACGCUCCAGAGGAGGGAAGCUAAUCGACAGUCGCGGGGUUCUACUUUCAACGUGCAAAGCAAAUUGCAGUUUUAUAGCCUGUAGUUUAUUAAUCACCUGCAGAUAAACUGUUUUGCUGUAACUCACUUCACUUCCAUGUGCUUUGCAUCACAACAGAACACAAAGAUAGCCUAUAUGAGAAGCACGUUUUUUUUUAAUCUUUUAUUCUUGCAUUCAGUGCCUAUCGAACUUAGUAGACAUGAGGGUAGUGUGAACAGUUGCCGCUCCGUUAUUAUUAGCAUAUAAGUUAUUCAUGCGCAGAAUAACAUGAUAAAUAAAACUGAAAUAUGACAUGGACUGCAAACCUCUUAAAAUCAGACGAUAUAUAUAUAUAUAUAUAUAUAUUUUAGCUUGCAGUGAAUUUCAGUUUAUAUAGUGGCUGUCGGCUCCAGCAUGAUAACUUCCAACGCGUCUUAAAUCAAGUGAUCUCUUCAAAAGCUGCCUUCAUCACCAUGUUCACGUGGAAUGACGGCUAAAUGGUCAUACAGCACUUUUUUUUUUAAAAAAGCCCUAAAGAGAUCGGACUUUUCGCAACAUUGCUGAUUAUUCUAAGCACAAAACAAUUGAAGCGAAUCCAGUGAGAAGACAUGUAAAGUUACUUGUAAAUUUAAAUGACUAAAAACUUUAAAACGAAAAAAAGGAAAUGUAUCUUCGGCCCGAUUCAAAUAUAAAACUCUAUUUCCUGUUCAUCAAAGCACAAGCUUACGGUUUCUUCAUCUCCCUGCAACCCCGUAAAGAAACCACUGCCACGCUCGCUCGCCAGACAUGUUGGAACGGAGAAUUUGCGUUAACGUACCGGUAGAUGUAAACAUCGUCUUCAUGUUGUCGGGGUGUUAUGAAUUUCUAUUUUGUAAUACUGCCUGUAACUCCAUUCCAUCCUAAUCUACUUUUUUGUAUUCAGUAUGUUCAACAUUCCACUGUAAAUACUGUACAUAAGGUCGAGAUAGUCGGGAUUUAUUUAGGGACAAACGCGCGUAGGGACCCCGUUCAUGUAAAAUACACAUAUUUUGACCGCGAACACGGAGACUCGUUGAUGGAUAGAUGAAGCGGACACAUACAGUGCGUAGCUUAUUUCCAAAGUCCCACCUGAAACUGCUCCUCCAGUAACGUUUUUAAUAUGCCACUAGCGGCUUCACUGUCAUACCAAGGGGGAGGGGGUGACGCAUACAGUCUGUUGAUUUAAUGUUAUUGAAAGAAAAAUGAAAAGAGAGGAAAUUGUCUGUAUGCAGCCAUGUGAAUGUAUAUUUCUGAGGGUGUUACAAAUAUGAAAAAAAAAAAAAAUCUCUUGUUCAAUUGUGAUGACCCAGUGAAGUAACUUGUAUUUGUUUUAAGCAUUAAAUGAGUUCAAUAGUCAA